CAGCUCCCGCUUCCAAGAUGGCGGCAGAGGUUUCUGUCCGGCUGUCGGGGAGGUGGUGACGACUGGCUGCAGAAGGUCAGCUGGUCCUAAGAUUGCUGUUGGAGUGCUGGAUGGAGCCUUUCUCUGUCCUCUGUGACAUUUCCAAUUUUAUAUAAUGCCUCACAUCUCUGCUCCCCCGGGGCCCCGUGGAGUCCCCAUGAUCCUGAAGAAGGCAGCUUGAACCUAGCACUCUCCUCUCUCCCUCUCCAGACUACACCCCAGGAUGCUGCGGAGGCUGCUGGAGCGACCCUGCACUUUGGCCCUGCUUGUGGGCUCCCAGCUGGCUGUCAUGAUGUACCUGUCGCUGGGGGGCUUCCGAAGCCUCAGCGCUCUAUUUGGCCGAGAGCAGGAGCCAACAUUUGACUACUCUCAUCCCCAUGAUGUCUACAGUAACCUCAGUCACCUGCCUGGGGCCCCUGUUGCCCCAGGGGGCCCCCCAGCUCCUCAAGGUCUGCCCUACUGUCCAGAACGAUCUCCUCUCUUAGUGGGUCCCGUGUCCGUGUCCUUUAGCCCAGUGCCAUCACUGGUAGAGAUUGUGGAGAGAAAUCCCCGGGUGGAACCGGGGGGCCGGUACCGCCCUGCAGGGUGUGAGCCCCGGUCCCGAACAGCCAUUAUUGUGCCCCAUCGUGCCCGGGAGCACCACCUGCGCCUGCUGCUCUACCAUCUGCACCCAUUCCUGCAACGCCAGCAGCUUGCUUAUGGCAUCUAUGUCAUCCACCAGGCUGGAAAUGGAACAUUUAACAGGGCAAAGUUGCUGAAUGUUGGGGUGCGGGAGGCCCUGCGUGAUGAAGAAUGGGACUGCUUGUUCUUGCAUGAUGUGGACCUCUUGCCAGAGAACGACCACAAUCUGUAUGUGUGUGACCCCCGAGGACCCCGGCAUGUUGCUGUUGCCAUGAACAAGUUUGGAUACAGCCUCCCGUACCCCCAGUACUUUGGAGGGGUCUCGGCGCUCACUCCUGACCAGUAUCUGAAGAUGAAUGGCUUCCCCAAUGAAUACUGGGGCUGGGGUGGUGAGGAUGAUGACAUUGCUACCAGGGUACGCCUGGCUGGGAUGAAGAUCUCUCGGCCCCCCACAUCUGUGGGACACUAUAAGAUGGUGAAGCACCGAGGAGAUAAGGGCAACGAGGAAAAUCCCCACAGAUUUGACCUCCUGGUCCGAACCCGGAAUUCCUGGACUCAAGAUGGGAUGAACUCACUGACAUACCGAUUGCUGGCUCGAGAGCUGGGCCCUCUAUAUACCAACAUCACAGCAGACAUUGGAACUGACCCUCGGGGUCCUCAGACUCCCUCUGGUCCCCGUUACCCACCUGGUUCCUCCCAGGCCUUCCGUCAGGAGAUGCUGCAGCGCCGGCCCCCAGCCAGGCCCGACCCUCUGCCUGCUGCCAACCACACAGCUCCCCAUGGUUCACACUGACUCCUCCUUAAUCAUGAAACUGAAUCAGAAGAGUUGUGUUCUCCCCACCCUCAGCUCCUCACUGCUCUUAGAGGGGAUGUGGGGGAAAUGAACUCUACUGCCAUGCUGGGGGCAGGGGCCUCUCCUCACUGCUGGACUGGAGCUGGGCUCCUCUAGCCCUGGGGGUCCCUCUUUCUAGGGUCACCAGCCAGGGCUUAUGACUGUGAAUCCUCGAUGUCAUGAUUUUCUGUGAUGACUCCUAGGAGUCCCCUGCCCAUGGGGUAAGAGCAGGGCUGGACCCCAAAUCCCUUCCUCUUCCAUGGAGAGAAGAGUGUUCUGACUUCUCCCGGGACCUCUGUGAAUAUUUAUUCUAUUUAUGGUUCCCAGGAAGUGUGUUUGAAGGAAGCCCCUCCCAGGGUACUUUCUGCCAGUGCUGGAGUAGCUCCCUCUUCUGGACCUUGCUCAGGGGGCUGGGAUUUUGAUAUAUUUUCUAAUAA